GUUUCAGCUUUAAACAGUGGGACAUUGAGAUUUUUCAUUAGUUGUUCCCCAAAGGGACGAGAUGAAACCCUCCGCCCCGUGAACCUUUGAACAGAAGGAUUACCUGCUAUGUCACAUACACACACACACACACACUCACGUGUCACGGCGAUGAAGGGAGAUCAGUUGUCGGCGUUUGUUUGGCCGUUAUUAUUUUUAGCCCGCCGCCAUGAUCCCGUCUUUAUCGGGACAUGUGCAAUUGUGGCAGAGGGAGCGAUUGUAUGACUGACGGCCUUUACGCCAACACACGGGACACGAGACCUUAUCAAUGGGGAACUACAAAUCCAGACCAUCGCAGACGUGUACAGAUGAGUGGAAGAAGAAGGUGAGCGAGUCGUACUCGCUGAUCCUGGAGAAGCUGGAAGAUGACCUCCGGCUCAAAGACAGCGAGCUGGUGGACCUCAAACUUGCAUUCAGCUCAGACGAGGCGUUUCAGAAGGUCAACUUGAACUACCGGACAGAGAGAGGCCUGUCCCUGCUGCAUCUCUGCUGUGUGUGCGAAGGUAACAAGGGACAUAUCAGCUCUUUGAUGGUCAAAGGUCUCCGCCCUUCCAGACUGACCAAGAACGGAUUCACUGCACUCCACUUGGCUGCGUACAAGGACAACGGCGAGCUGGUUACCGCGCUCCUCCACGGGGGAUCGGACGUACAGCAGCUGGGCUACGGAGCCCUCACCGCCCUGCACGUCGCCACGUUGGCCGGACACAUGGAGGCGACUGAUAUUCUCCUCCAGCAUGGGGCUUCUGUCAAUGUCCAGGAUGCUGUGUUUUUCACCCCGCUGCAUAUCGCCGCCUACAACGGCAAUGAGCAGCUUUCCAAACUGCUGCUGAAGUUUGGCGCGGAUGUGAACGCCAGUGGAGAAGUGGGCGACCGGCCGCUGCAUCUGGCCGCAGCCAAGGGUUUCCUUGACAUCAUUGCGCUUCUGGUCGGGGAAGGGGGAAAAGCUAACGUGAACGCUCAGGACAAUGAGGACCACGUGCCCCUCCACUUCUGUGCCCGCUUUGGCCACCAUGAAGUCAUCCGCUUCCUCCUUCAGGGCAACUUGGACGCACAGGCUCACGCCACCAACAUCUACGGAGAUACGCCGUUACACUUGGCCUGCUACAAUGGCAAAUAUGAGGUCGUGAAGGAGAUUAUCCAGCUGUCUGGCGCGGAGAGUCUUACCAAGGAGAACAUAUUCAGCGAGACAUCACUGCACAGCGCAUGCACCUAUGGUAAAGACUUGGAAAUGGUCAAGUUUUUGUUGAGCCAGAAUGCCAUGAGCAUCAACCACCAGGGCAGAGAUGGACACACAGCUCUACACAGCGCGUGUUUUCACGGUCACAUCCGACUGGUGCAGUUCCUGCUGGACAACGGGGCCGACAUGAACCUCGUGGCCUGCGAUCCGAGCCGGUCCAGCGGGGAAAAGGAUGAGCAGACCUGCCUCAUGUGGGCUUAUGAGAAAGGUCACGACGCGAUCGUCACUUUGCUGAAACACUACAAGCGCCCGGAUGACUCUCCCUGCAAUGAGUACUCGCAGCCAGGAGGGGAUGGCUCGUACGUUUCUGUGCCGUCGCCUCUCGGGAAGAUCAAGAGCAUGACGAAAGAAAAAGCAGAAGUUCUUCUACUCAGGGCCAGCCUCCCCUCUCAUUUCCAUCUUCAGCUGUCCGAAUUGGAAUUUAACGAAAUCAUUGGAUCUGGCUCCUUCGGCAGGGUUUACAAAGGCAAAUGUCGCAACAAAAUAGUAGCGAUUAAACGCUACAGAGCCAACACGUACUGCUCCAAGUCAGACGUGGACAUGUUCUGCCGCGAGGUGUCCAUCCUGUGCCGUCUCAACCACCCCUGCAUCAUCCAGUUCGUGGGCGCCUGUCUGGACGACCCCAGCCAGUUCGCCAUCGUCACCCAGUACAUCUCGGGGGGGUCGCUCUUCGCGCUCUUGCACGAGCAGAAGAGGCUUAUUGAUCUGCAGUCCAAGCUCAUCAUCGCCAUGGACGUGGCCAAGGGGAUGGAGUACCUGCACAACCUCACCCAGCCCAUCAUCCACAGAGACCUCAACAGUCACAAUAUUCUUCUCUAUGAGGACGGACACGCGGUGGUGGCCGAUUUCGGGGAGUCCAGAUUCCUCCAGUCUGUGGAUGAGGACAACAUGACCAAGCAGCCGGGGAACCUGCGAUGGAUGGCUCCCGAGGUCUUCACUCAGUGUACUCGCUACUCAGUCAAGGCAGACAUGUUCAGCUACGCCCUCUGUCUGUGGGAGCUGCUGACUGGAGAGAUUCCCUUCGCACACUUGAAGCCUGCUGCCGCAGCAGCAGACAUGGCCUACCAUCACAUCCGGCCUCCUGUUGGCUACUCCAUCCCUAAACCCAUCUCUGCACUUCUGAUGAGGGGAUGGAACGCAUGUCCAGAGGACCGUCCAGAGUUUUCUGAAGUGGUCACCAACCUGGAGGAGUGCUUAUGCAACGUUGAGCUGAUGUCGCCCGCCUCCAGUAACAGCAGCGGCUCCUUGUCGCCCUCCUCGUCCUCCGACUGCCUUCUGGCCCGCGCCGGACCCAGCCGGGGUCACGUGGCCGCGCUGCGGUCCAGGUUCGAGCUGGAGUACGCGCUCAACACUCGAGCCUACGCCUUCUGGAGCCAGAGCGAGCGGAGGCGUGCAUCUGGAGGCCUCUCAUUGGAGGAAAUAAGAAGGAGCAUGCAGUUUUCGCCCAUUGAUCGCAAUGGUUACGUGUCUGAUCCCAUGAGCACCAUGCGAUUCUGCUCCUCCUUCGGCAGCAAUGGCAGCUUUGAAGACAGUAACUAACAAUAUCUUAC